GCUGAACAAGUCAACAUUCUCCUCUCAUCCUUUCCAGGACUUUCGCUUCCCUCAACCGUCUCCUUCUCCCUCCCAUCCAUCUCGACCCUCUCAGACCUCACCGAGAAGGUCGUCUCUCUUCUUCCAUCGUCCGUGCCAUUUCAAUCGCUCAUUUUAACCACAACCAACAACAAGCAAGUCGUCCGAUCCUCAGACCAUAUCCAAUCCCUUCUCUUUGCCCACAAUGGUGAAUCCUCAAUUACUUCCAAUCUCCUUCCCCUCCGCCUCACCGUGCGGUUAUGCGGAGGAAAGGGUGGUUUCGGAUCCCAGCUUCGUGCCGCCGGUGGACGCAUGUCGAGUAAGCGCAAGCGCACCCAAGGCGACGACAAUGCUUCCAGCCGCAACCUCGACGGCCGGCGUAUUCGCACUGUUAACGAAGCCAAGGCCCUAGCCGAAUACCUGGCUGUUAAGCCCGAAAUGGACCAGAAGGAGAAGGAAGAGCGUCGGCGCCGGUGGCAGUCUGUCGUGGAGGUUGCGGAGAAGCGUCAGGAGGAGUUGAAGAACGGGGGCGGAAAGCAUAAGGUUGAUGGUCAGUGGAUGGAUGAUAAGGAGGAGAUGAAUGAGAAGGCGCGCGAGGCUGUGAUGUUGGCUAUGAAGGAGGGUGCUUGGACUGAUAAUCUUCGCGAUACGAUUAUGGGUGGAUCUAGUACGAGUGCCAGUGAGGACAGUGAGAAUGCGGCAUCGUCCGGUUCUGAAGGAGAAAGCGAGGAGGAUAAGGCUGAGAGCUCAUCUGGGUCAAACAAGACCUCCGCGGCCCCCAGGAAGUUCAUCGGUUUCGACGACGAUGAUGAAUUCAUGAGUGAUUCUGAGGAAGAGGAAGAUCCUGAGGGCAAAGGCAAAGGCAAA